GUUUGUCGUUUUGCGCGUAGCACAAAUUCGUAUUAGUUUUUAGUAUCUCGCUUUUGGUUUAAAACCAAAACAUGAACUUUUACUUUUACUUCAUUAUUUAUCAUUCUGCGCAGAUGCUUACUGCACAUAACAUCGUGACAAUGAAUCAGCUGUGAUCAUAAUUUUGAGUUCAUUUAUUAAUUUAUUUACUUUGAAAAUCCGAUUUGAGAAUGAAAUUUUUGUCGCCAGUUGGCGACUGAUUCUGUUUUUACAUUUUGUUUCUUCUUCCGCACAACUUUUCCCCUCGCCUGUAACCUGUAAUCUACGCGAUUGCUUCAGUCACGAGUUUUUAAACGAAACAGACGGGUGUUCAAACGUCACAUAUUCGACUUUAGAUCUAAGGUGUGUCAGCGGCGAUUUACAGACCCAGUAGGCAAGAUUGCUUACCUGUAAUCAGUCAUAGAAGGAUAUUUUAUACCGUCGCAAAGACCUACAAGUGCUUUUUACAUUGUUUGAUUUCGGAUUUUAAACAUCGGCGUUUCGUGCCUUAAUACAUUAAAUUAAAAUCAUGUCACAAUAUCCUCCUCCUCCACCCAGCUACGGCGCUUAUGAUCAGCCACCGCCUCCUGGUUUUGGUUACCCUCCUAACCAAGGUCCUUACUACCCGCAGCCUGGAUAUCCUCAGCAACCAACCACAUGCCCUCCCGCACCGGGCGGUUACUAUCCAGGACAACCGGCUACCCAGACUAUAGACAAAACUGAAAAAAGUUCUCCCAAAAAAGAGAAAGAAGGUUUAGUUCGAGCAAUGCAUGUGUUCACUGUUGAAGCAGGUACGAGAAAGUCCAUUCCAAUGUUGCACAGCAAAAAAUAUAAAUUAUUGAAUAAUGAAGAAGAAACACCAGUAUCUGCGGAGUUGGAUGAGGAAAAGAAGAAAUCGUAUGCUGAAGAUUUUAAAGAUAGAAAAUGUCAGUCAAUAGCAACAGAAAUUUCUGAUGUGAAUAAUGACAAUUGCACUUUAGAAUCGAGCGAUAAGAAGCAUACUACAGCAACUGCAGAAUUGGUUGAUGAAGAAUGUGAAUCAAAAGCUCUCGAACUGGUUCAUGGGAAAUAUUCUCCAACUGCUUCAGAACAGGCUGAUGAGAAAUAUUUACCAACAGCUCCAGAACUUAAUGAUGAAAAGUAUUACGAAAAUUCUAUGGAAUGGACAAGCGGUAAGAAGUGCAAGCCAACUGCUCCGGAACUCGACGUUGAAAUGUAUCCACUUAGUGCUGGCGAGCUGGUUAAAAGAAAAGCCACACCAAUUUCAAGUACGGAUGACCUAACCGUUCGUACAAUCGGUCAUGGAAAGUACCAACUGAACAUUGAUGAAUUAACGGGUAAUCGAGGUUGCUAUCCUGUUGAGCAAAGAUUGGUCAACGUUACGGAAUUAAAUGAUGAGAAGUAUAAGCCAUCUGCUCCAGAACUAGUCACUGGAAAAUACCAACUAAGCGCUGCGGAUCUGGUCGAUCGGAAGUUUAGCUCAAAACCAAAUGUGGAUUAUGAGAAGUAUGACUAUGAGAAGAGUUAUGGUUCAAUGGGUAAGCCAUACACAUAUCCUAUUACGGAAAUGGAGGGACGAUCAAAGCCAUACCCUGCUGAAGACUGUUAUACAGGAGCACAAAAUUAUGACUUGAGAAAACAAAAACAGGAUGAUGAUAAUGGUUGGACUGCACAGGACUGUGCCGGCUGCUGUGAGGUUACCGGAUACUGUUUGUUAUGCAUUUUUCAUAUACUGUCAGCUUUUAAAAAUUAGCCAUUAGCUUUUUCAAAAAUGUCAAAGGACAAUAAAAAUAUUUUGUUUUAAAAUGUAUUUCUAGUAUGCCACUGAAAAUCUGACUUUUUUAAUGCGGAUCUGCGCACUGGUUGAACCGAUAUUGUGAUUAGGAUUGAAAGCCUAAAGUCAUUAUAAAGAAUCUGCUAACUGACUGAAACGAUAUUGUGAUUAAGAUUUGAAAAAACCUAAAGUGGACGAUGAAGAAUCCCAAGUAAUCGCUGAAUAUUUAAUGUUCGAAUGGGGAUGAUGAAAAACGUGCAUUGUUUUAAUUAUGUUUUAGAAUUGUUGGGUCGCAUUUUUAAUUUUCGAAAAUUAUACUUUACUAAUCCUUUGUACCUGACAAAAUAAAUAAAUAAAAAUAAAUACAUAAAAAUAAAAAAAAUUAAAAAAAAACUUGAAAAGGAGAUGUUUUUCAAGAUUAAAACCAUUCUGUACAGGGUGGGUAUAAGGUAUUAUGAGCUUCUGGCCAUCUUGAGUUCUUAAACUAGGGUAGACGGGGCAUGUUUACGUGGAUUUUUUUUCAAUAAACCUUUCUAAUUUUAUCUUAAGCUGGGAAAUUGUAGACAUUGUGCAGACAUAGGAAAUUUUAGACAUAUGAAGCAGUUAAUGAAGUUAAAAUUUGUAUGUUCAGUUUUGGCUCAGCUUAUGUUUUUAACCGUGAAAAAAAUGUUUUUUUCAUUCCAAGUCGGUUGCGUACACUUGCCCCGAACACGGGGCAAGUUUUCGCAUCGAGUUACGCACGACGUUUACGCAUAUUAAAAAUGAGACCAAGGAGCAAGUGAAAUAGAUAUUUAACCAAAUUUAAAUGUUUUAUUUAUCUUAAAACACUUUAAAAAUAAGAAAAUUAAAUUACAAAUAAUUAAAGAACAUUUUGUAGGCUAAACUAAAAUCAUAGGUCUUACUGCUAAUUAAAAACAAACUAUUUAUUCAACUUCUCUUCAUCACUGUUAGAUUAUACUUAAAAAAAAUAACGUAUUUCUUUUCGCAUACUUGUCAUGGGACCACGUUUUGACAUCAAGAUUAAAACCAAAAGAGACUUUAAAAAAAGAGUCAUUGCCAAUCAGAAGUAAAAGUAAAUAAUGUCAAAUUUUUCAUUCCUCAUUCAAAGCGUUUCUUCUUACUAAAAGAUCUUGUAAGUAAUAACAUGCAAGAAGUAAAAUUUUUUGAUGCAUCAGCUCGUGUCAUUUUUUAUUACCUUUGUUUUAGGUUCAUAAUUGGUAACCAUUUACUCAUAUCACUGAAAAUAAACUACCCUAUAAAAUACUCGAAAAGCCAGCCAGGGAUGCGUACCCUUUUGAAUACUCACGACGCUGGGAGGGAGAGAGGGGGGGGGGAGCAUUCGGUGGGUCCCGGUUGAACAUUUCAAAAAUCUGGCAAGCCUAACUAUAGAGAAAGGUUGGAGUUUGACGUUUUUUUGGUGUGUUUUAUUAUUCAUUAUUAAAUCAAAUAAGCAAUCUUGUACAAUAAAGCUUAAGUACCAUAAAAGACAAAAGUGCAAAUAAAUAAAUAAAAUGAAUAAAUAAACCAACCAAAAGGAAAACUGCUUUCUCUCUCUUCCCACGGCAGUGCACCCCUUUUUGAGUUUUCAAAUCUCAAAUAGGGGGUACACAUAAAAAUGUGUGCAUUGUGUUUAAGACUACACUCCCUGAAAGUAACUGGGUAUAAAAAAUGUGACUUUAUGACUGUUUGUUUCCUUUUAAAUGAUAUAUUUCCUUUAACCAUAGAGACUAGGGAGUAAAUGAAAGCAUCCAGUUUAUUUCCCCAUGCGGUUGACGUAGGUAGAUAAUCGCCCUAUACACAAGCAGUUUAGAAACUUAAGCAGUUCUACACCAACAAUACUCAAUUUGUGACCCUUAGGUCGUAUGCGACACUCUGAAUCCUCCAAACGUAAUCUGAAAUCAUUUUAGAAGGAAAAUCAUACAAAAAACUUAGUUAUGCACUGAAUUUAUGUAAAAUACACUCAACCGUAAUCAUUGAAAUAAAAUGUCAACUAUUUCAACAGUCUUUUCAAUUUAACAUUCGUCUUUAUUUUCAAAUCAGUCGACACAUUAUUCACAUAAUUAACUUUUUUGUAAGAUAGAUUGAAUUUUAGAUUGCUCUUAGAAUUUAAAUAAACAUGAUUCAACUACUGAGAAUCUUGGAAAGUUAAAAUAAUAAUUGUAUAAUCAUUUCUAUAAAGAAUUUCACAUUUGUGAGUGUUUUUAUCCGGGAACUCCCAAAAAUUAUCCAUAAACAGAUAAAACCUUAGAUAUCGACCUGUUAUCGAAUAUUAUUGCGCAAUUGAUAGAUUACAUAAAUCCUUUUUUCAAAAAUUACUUUUUACAUCCGAAUAGCUGUUUUUAUCACCCACGUAUAGCAGAAUUCUUAUCACUCUGAAGGUACUUGAAUCUGAACCGAUGGAACUGCAUGCUUAUUCGUUCAGUACGCAAUCAGUAGUUCCUAGACUGGGAAGGAGAGAAGUUAUCUACUCUUCCUGCACAUGUUCUGACGUUAAUAUUAUCAAAAAAAAAAAAAAAAAACAUGGGGCUAAAUUUCAUAUAAAAUGAUUGAAUAAAGAAAAACAUGAAAUAGUGAGAACUAAUAUCUCAUAAAAAAUAUCGCCAUCGAAUAAUAGUGGGGGGAUGAAUUGAAAACAAGCUUAUGAAGUAUUACAGAAAUGCUUGGAAAAAGUCGAAAUUAAAACCAAUAAAUUAGAGUGGGUAUUGGAAAUAAAGAGUCAAAGCGUGUGUCUCGUUCUAUAAGUCUGCAAGGACCAAAUUAAGAGUGAUGUUUUUAGGGUUGACCCCCUUAACUAUUUGCUUCGAAUCGUGUUACCAAUGUUAAUUGCGAGUACAUUUAUAUCAGGGUUGCAUCGUUUGGCUGGCGUGGUGGUAAGGCGUUGGCUUCAUACGCUUUGGGUCCAGGGAUCUGCCUCCGUGGCUCAAGUGGACGGUGGAUUUUCGAGACGCAGAAAAUCGUCAGCGCCCGUGUCUUAUGAUUAUGAAACACGUAAAUGAUUCCUUGGGUAUUUGUUUCGCUGUGAGUACCGUCAACACGAUUAAUUCACUAGUACAGUUUUUCUCUACCUAAACGAAAAUAGAAAAUUGCAUUUACUUUGUCGCCAUGUUUGCUCUUCUUUUACUGAUACCGUAUU